AUCACUUCUUUAAAGUUUGGUCUUCUCCUUGACCGUCUCACCUUCUCUUAUUAUCGGACACAAUUUGGCUUGCAGUUGAGUGCGUGCGGUUGCCUCCAAUUUGCUUGGCCUAACUAUUUGGAUUACCAGUUUCCUCUUUCUUCGAUUUCUUCCAUUGAACUUGUAGCUGGGAGCAUGAGGGGAGUUGAUGAUGUUAAUGUGUGGGAAAAUGCAUUGAUUGAAUUACGAGAUCGUGUAAGGAGUGUGAAAGAUUCAAAUGAUGAGAUAUUUAACCGAUUAAGAUUUAGUUUUGAUCGGUUGGAUAGUUUGGAAGUCAAGAAUUGUUUUCUUUAUUGCUCAUUCUUUCCAGAGGAUUAUGCGUUUUCUAGAAGGGAGUUGAUAGAAUGUUGGAUUGAUGAAGGACUAAUUGAUGGGUUGCCAAGUAGAGAAGCAGCUUAUAAGAGGGGCCAUGCUAUUAUAGAUAGGCUUGAAAAAAAUUUCUUAUUAGAGAAAGAUGAUAGGUUAGCUGCUUUUCUUGCAUAUUCAAUUGUUAUACCUAGGGCUAAGAUGCAUGAUGUAGUGAGAGAUAUGGCUAUCGUAAGCAUUGGUCCUGAAUUUGGAUAUAUGAUAAAAGCUGGUAUGAAUUUGGUAAAGCUACCAGAUGAGCAUGGUUGGGUAAAAGAUCCUAAGAAGUUGUCUCUAAUGGCAAAUGACAUUUUAAAAGUUCCUCUUAGUCUGUCCCCAAAGUGUUCCACCCUUUCGACAUUAAUAUUGUCAAGUAAUUCUAAUUUGUCAGAGAUUCCAGAAUCUUUUUUUGGAGAGAUGCUUACUUUGAAGGUUCUUGAUCUCUCUAGCACUGCUGUUGAGACUCUACCUACUUCCAUCUCUAAAUUGAAGAAUCUAUCUACCCUACGGUUACAGCUUUGCAAGAAGUUAAAGUACUUGCCUUCCUUGGCAAACCUCAAGGGAUUGAAGAAGUUGGACUUGUAUAAGGCAGGGAUUGAGGUGGUCCCACAAGGCAUGGGGAUGUUGAUAAGUCUUGAAUAUCUUGAUUUGUUAUUUUGUCCAAAUCUGAAAGAGAUUCCAAUAGGAAUAUUACUUAACCUUUCUAGUCUCCAGUAUUUGGCUGUUUGUUUUUUGCGAGAAACUACAAUAGUGAGAAAUUUUGAAGAGGUUGCUAGACUGAAGAAGUUGGAGACUUUAGAAUGUAACUUUGAUGGCAUACAAGACUUUAAUUAUUUUGUCAACAAGUUCAAAGAUUUCGAAAGGGCUAUUACUUACAGUCUUCUAGUUGGGAGUGUAGAAGACAGGCUUAGAAGGAGCAAACAUGAGCUUGUAAUUACUGGUUGCGAGAUCGGGGAAAAAUGUAUAGUGCUUCCAAAUAAGCUUGAAGAUUUGUCGAUAAUUGGGCUUAAAAACAUGGGAAGCAGCUUAAGCAAAAUAGCUCUGUUAGAAAAAGCAAAUGAGUUGAAGGCAUGCAAUAUUAGGUCUUGUGAAGAGAUAGAGUGCGUGGUUGAGUUGGACUCAUCCUCCUCUUCCUCAUUGCGUUGUCCUGUAUUUGAUAAGCUUGAAGAGCUAUGGCUUUCUCAAUUGCCUAGGUUGUGUGAACUUGUGAGAGUGGAAGGAGAAGCAACACCACCGCACGUCUUUUCCAAUCUUAAAGAGCUUUGUGUAGUGAGUUGUUCGGGAAUAAGGAAGUUGCUUCCACUUGAGCUACUGCAGGCCCUCCAAAACUUAGAGUCGAUUACAGUUUAUUUUUGCCAUCAAAUGCAGGAGAUAAUAGCAUCAUUAGAUUCUGAUGCAUCAUCAUCGGAUAAAUUCACUUUCACUUUUCCUAAGUUAAGGGAAUUGUGCUUGUUCAGCUUACCCCAAUUGAAGAGCAUCUGCAGUGCCAAAGGAGUUAUGGUUUGUAAUUCUAUUGAAAAAAUUGAAAUGGUUGGAUGUCCGAAGUUAAAGAGGAUCCCUGUGCAACUUCCCCAACUUGAUAACGGCCAACCAUCUCCUCCUCCUCAUCUUAGAGAAAUCUGGAUAGGUGCAAGUUCAAAAGAAUGGUGGGAAUCAUUGGAGUGGGAUCAUCCUAACGCUAAGAACCUCCUUCAACCCUUCUUGAAAUAUUGAACAUAACCAUGGGAUUGAGGGUAAGGUGUUGAUCAAUUUACUACUAUUUAAUUCUAAUUUGAAUUUGCUUUGGUAAUAUAUUACUGUAAGUUGCUGAAAAUUUGGGAAAUAAUGUCUAGAUUGAAGUGAAGAGCUGCAAACUACAAAUGUAAAGCCACGUGCCACCUCAAUAACACGUGCCAAUAAAAGCAUUUCCACAGU